CCACUUCCCAGCCAGCCCUCCCUGGCGCCAGUAUGCGUCCCCCAGACCCCCUUUCUCCCCCCUCAGGGCUGCUGCUGUUGCUGGUCUUCUGCCCCCUAGUAGUGGUCGUGCAGGCCAGCAGCAGUAAGAUGGAGAGCGGACACAGCACACACCAUGGAGAUACAGACCCCAGACCGCUGUAUGAGGCAUCACUUUGUGGAGACCAUCACACACUCCCUCUACAAGUGCAACUCCAAUAUGGUGUUGCUAGCUCGGUGCGAGGGCCACUGCAGCCACACGUCCCGCUCCGACCCUCUCAUCUCCUUCAGCUCGGUGUUGAAGCAGCCCUUCAAGAGUACCUGUUUCUGCUGCAAGCCCCACACCUCCAAGCUGAAGGCUGUGAGGCUCCGCUGCGCCGGAGGGACCCGCAUCACAGCAACCUACCGCUACAUCCUCGCCUGCAACUGUGAGGAGUGCAGCUGAGCUGGGAAAAAUACUUUAAACUUUAGAACUCUGUCUCCGUGAGAAAGUGUAUGCACCUGUGAGUCGACAGCUGUGAGGAGUGAAAUCCUAGAACUUGUAAAUUAGAAGAACCUGCACCUUUGUUGAACCUAUAAGUCCAGGCCCAAUCCAUGGACCGAGCCCUGGCCUUCAUUUGCAAGUAGUGGAACCCUUAGAGCCCAAUAUAACUCUAGAACCUGAGAGUAUAGGCUAGAACCAUGGAGGAAUCUAGAACCGUCAUGCUUGUUUGUGAUGAGGACUCCAUCGCCACAACAACUAUCUGCCUUUUAGAAUGGUGUUCCUAGGGAGGGGAGGGCGGGAGAUUUCUGAACCAAUAAUAAUCAUGGAUUGGAUUUAUAUAGCGCAUUUCUACCAACUGAGCUACUCCAAGCGCUUUACAUAGUAACUCACCUCAUACACCAACUGGAGGAAUGUACCAUUUCAUGGUUCUACAUGUGUUUCUAGACCUGACUGAGAARUCAGUCAUGAGAUCCUUCAUUCUUCUUGACUCUUUGUCAAAAUGCUUUGUCAAUCCUCUAAAUAUCAGUCUGGACCAAGUCUCACCUGAGCUCCUGUUCUCAUCCAGUGGCUCAGUCCCCAACCUGAGACCCAUUAGGAACCCUGUUCCCAAAUGAUGUGUGUCUAGAACCAAGAGAACACUCGGCUCCUCAAGGCUCCCAGMAGGAGUUAGUUCUGCUAAUCCAUGRAGAGUAGAUGACAUUUCCCAGAAUCCUGCAGAACACUGUCUUCUCCCCAGUGUGUUCAGACCCAAAAAACAAUGAACUGCUUUCAGCCAAACUCUCAACACUCAUUACAAGCAACAACAACACGUAUGCAUACACUCGUAUUCAAUCACUCAUCACCUCUCUAAUUACACACACCAUCUCCCCACUCUCACCCUUAAUUACAUCUAUAAAUGUAUGGUGCCAAUGUCAUAAAACCCAACAGCACAACAUGCAUAAUUAAAAGCAGCAUGGGACAGAGCAGGCCGUGUAUCCUGUGAGAUACAUGUGUAAUAACUGUGCYUAACUACACAUUCCCUCUGUCUCCUAGCCAGGCCAUAAACAUUUAAUACACUCCACCAGCUCUUCAUCCACAGCUGAAGUCAGAAGUUUACAUACACCUUAGCCAAAUACAUUUAAACUCAGUUGUUCACAAUUCCUGACAUUUAA